AUGUCCUUCAUUAGCCUCUCUUUACUUGCAGGGCUUUUUGCCUAUCUCUCGCCGACCAAUGCGUUGACAGCACCAUCCCCUGCAACCUCUGCUUGCUCAGUUUUGACAUCCUCCUUGGGCGCCAAGAAGGUGGCGAGCAGUCGUCUUAGUUUGGAAUACAUAUCCAGCAAGCAGGACUACUGGAACGCACGGCAAAGCUCUUAUAAACCUACCUGUGUCAUCUAUCCAGAGGCAGCGGAGGACGUGUCGGUGGCUCUCAAAGCCAUCAACGCGGCUGGUACCAGAUUUGCGAUCAAGGCCGGUGGCCACAACACCAAUGAUUUCUUUUCUUCAGUUGACGAUGGCGUCCUAAUCGACCUCGGAUACAUGACGGCAAAGUCAUAUGAUGAGUCAACUACUCUUGCUACGUACGAGCCCGGAAACCGCUGGGGAGACUUGUACAAUUUCUACCAGCCGUAUGGCCGCACUGUGAUGGGUGGGAGACUAAACGGAGUGGGCUCUGGGCUGGCGUUAGGAGGCGGACUGAGCUACCUUUCACCCCAAUACGGCAUGGCAUGCGAUUCCUUCCGGGAGCUCGAAGUUGUGUUGCCAAGCGGGGAGAUCGUCACAGCAUCCAACACGUCCAAUCCCGAUUUGUUCCUCGGCCUGCGCGGCGGAGGAGGCAAUGCUUACGGCGUAGUUACAAAGUACACGGUCCAAAGUCGCCCGGCCGGCAAGUUUUUCGCAGGCAACAUCGUAUACCUCUUCCAGCAUACCGAUGCCGUUGUCGAUGCUGUCCGCGACUUCACCCUCUACAACUUGGACCCGAAGGCCAGCGUCAUGGCGACGUACGAGACCCUGACAACGCCCGAUCUGAACUUGAACUUGGACGAGGUCAUUAUUCUGUUUGUCGUGUACGACGGCGAAGACCCUGGGACAGCAUUCGCCAACUUCACCAGCAUUCCCAAUCUGGUCGACACGUCAUCCCUCCGAACCUACCCGCAGGUCACAGAUAUGCCGGUGCCCCUUUUGGCUCAACUAACCCGCGCGGAUAACAUCUUCCGCAUGGGCGUCCAUCACAUCGAAACCGAUACGUAUAAGACCGCUCUCAAGAACUGGCGCGCCUGGGCCAGCGCGAAUAAGGGGCAAUACACCUACACCUCGUUCAAUCUGUACCCCGUCGCCAAAAGUCUCACGGACGCAAGCAAAGCCCAGGGGGGCAACGCUCUGCAGAUGCCGGACGGACCGUGGCUUUGGAGUAACUACGUGCUUUCGACCCCGCCGGAUCUUCUCAAUGUUACAUAUGAGAAAGUCCAGGCAAGCUUCCGCGAUAUGGUGGCUGCGACGCCCAUGGCGACGGAUCUGCCCCUCUUCUUGAACGAGGCGGCGAAGGACCAGAACGCCCUGGCUACGUUCUCGACAUACAGCGAGCUGCAGAAGAUCAAGAGGAAGUAUGACCCUGAUGGUUUUUUUGAGACCAAGACGGGAGGGUGGUCGUUUGCGUGA